UGUCAUCUGCAAACAUAAUAAGCGUACUUUCUAUGCCAAUAUCUAGGAUCCAGAAGAGGAGAGGCAACUCCAUCUCUGUUCUCCCCCUCCCAACUAAUGUCCCUGGGUCCCCCCGCCCCCGCACCUCCAAGAGAUUUUCCUCUCCCCGGGCUGCGGGAACUGAGCAUCUGAGCUGCUGGGAGUGUCGCAGAUUUUCUCCAGGAGUAAAGCUUGUCAGCCAGCUCACCACAGAAAGAAGUAUCAGCUACAGACUGCACUACUCCAGUACCAUCUACUGGCUCCUUUGGGGAAUGCAGCAUGGAAAUUCAAAGAUAGAGGCCACCCUGGAUCCUAUGUGGUUGUCCGUGAGACCCUUUGGAAGAGCAUAAAAGAAGAGACAAGGGCCAUAUGCUCUUUCUGUCUCUCUCUCCACACUCUCAUCCAUUCAACUAAAGCGACUGGAUACUACCACAAUCUGCCCCAGGAAGGAUGCUGGCAAUGGCAUAGUGUAUUGAAGACAAGUUGUAGACACUUCAAGCAACAAACACCAGAGCAGAACUCUCAGCCUGAACUCAGCCCUUAACUAGAAACGUGGGAGUUAGAAGGAUCCUGGUGCAGUGCCGGAGCAGACAGCUGAAACCAGAAAUAAUGGAAUAGACUAAACCAUUGGAAAGGUUCAGAAAAGAGCUAAAAGAAUGAUCUGAGCAGAUUAAUUCCCUAGCUUUCUCCAGAACCUGGGGGCUUUUAGUGCUCCCGCCAACUGCCUCUGUGCUCACUAGAUAUCCUAGCUCAGAUCGUUCAUUUUUCCUCCUUUCAGAAACAACUCAGCAAGACCUGAAUUUUGGCUAGCAUCUUGGGCCAGUAACAUCAGUGGGGUUACUCCUGAUUUACACUGGGAUGAGUGAGAGGGGAAUCAGACCCAGUGGCUCCAAACUGAUUUAGUUAAACCAGUGCAAAAGUCAGUGUAGAGAUGCUAAUUUCACUAUCUUAUUUUGAUUUUUAGUGUAAACUGAUUGGAAACAGAUUAAAGUUAAAUUGGAAUAAGCUGCUCUUCAACUGAAAUAAGAAUAGCAGUCAUGAAGAAUGUCUACACAGGGGUUUGCAACAGUUCAGCUAAACUGGUUUAAUUAAACCCAGGCUUGCCCAGCACAAUUUUAGCCCCAUGAGCAGGCAUCAAUUGAACCAGGCUCUGAGACUUGAUGCUGCGGGUUUUUUUAUUGUGGUGUGGACAGAACCCAUGAGACACCCCUAAAGGCCACAGUCACUUUUGAAAAUGGAACAUAGGUUCCUAAGUCACCUAUGUGCUUUAUCCUUGAUCUUUACAACUGGGGGAGAAUCGCCUGCCCCAAAUAUGAGCAGUGGGGGCAAGGAACCUAAGUGGCUUCAUGAUUGAGCUUGAUAAGUUUAUGGAGGGGAUGGUACGAUGAGCCUGCCUACAAUGGCAUGUAGCCGAUAUGCAAUGACUAGUAGCAAAUAUCCCCAACGGCUAAUGAUGAGAGACUAGAUGGGGAGGGCUCUGAGUUACUAUAGAUAAUUCUUUCCCAGGUGCCUGGAUGGUGGGUCUUGCUGAAAUGCCCAGGGUCUAACUGAUCACCAUAUUUGGGAUCAGGAAAGAAUUUUCCAUUCUCAGAUUGGCAGACACCCUUGCAACUUUAGAUUUGUGUAAAUGGUGGAUUCUCUGUAACUUGAAGUCUUGAAACCAUUAUUUGAGGAUUGCAAUAACUCAGCCAGUGGUUAUGGAUCUAUUACAGGAGUGGGUGGGUGAGGUUCUGUGGCCUGUAAUGUGCAGGAGGUCAGACUAGAUGAUCAUGAUGGUCCCUUCUGGCCUUUCUAUGAAUCUAUUCAGGUCACAUUAUCAAGCUUUUAUCUGCAACCACGAGGGCUAGAAACUUGCUUUUGUUUCAAAUAAAGCUGCAUGUCUCACACAUUCACAUGACUCCUGGAGAUGGGGCUUUAAGGAAAACAUCAAAUAUUGUGAGACUUAGAUAAAAUCACCAGGGUUUUCAACAGAGGGGAAUUAUUUAUAUUUACUUGGUAAGAUGACAGAUCAGCGCAAACAGUUUCACAAGCUCUGAGUUUUAUUUGGGAUUUUGUUUUAAAUGGGUUUGUUUUUCUAGCAGGGCAAAAAGGUUUACAAUGAUAAAAGGAAGGGAGUGAAAUUCAUAGAGCUCUUGGUCCUUCAGUUUUCAGACAGAAUCAGGAUGUGUUGCAGGUGGUGGAGAUCUUAAUAAAGGAUGGAGUUCCAACCAUCGGAUGUGUCCUGACUAUCUGAUUGCCCAUGGAGUCAUUUGUCUUUCUGCUCCCACUGCACUCCCUGCCUGAGUUGACUGUCAAACUGCCAGCUGUUAUGCUGUUACCUGACACUAAUUGCAUAUGGUUAGAUAUGAAGCUGGGCUGGGAAUGAUCAGCAUCUGGAUGGAUGCCAGAGAAGGCUGUGAAAGCCACAGGGGGCGGCGACUUGGGGCAGUGAUCCAUUCUUAGAUCAGCAAAGUAACAACCUGCUCCUGGCACUCCAGCUGUUGACCCGUGUUUCCCAAGGCAGGAAAGCGAAAGCUGACUCAGCUCUACUCCCCGGAGGCACCAUGAACCCAGCCCUGCGCUGCCCCCGCGGGGUUGUUUGUUCGAGCUGCCAGGGCCCCUAUAAGAUCCCGGUGACCUUUAAAGGGUGCAAGCACAAGUUCUGCCGCUUCUGUGUCAUCCCCUUCAAGGGGGAGUCGGGCACAGCCACCUCCUGCCCCCUGUGCCACAAGGCCCCUAGGCACGAAGAGGACAAGCCCCAGGGGCAGCCAGGCAGCGGGGCAGAUGAAACUGAAAAAGUCAGUCUGGAAGUGGGCGAAGAACCUGAGGUGGAGCGGGAGUGCCGGGAACAUCAGGCGGUUCUGGACCUGUUCUGCACAGAGGAUCAAACCCCCAUCUGCAUGAGCUGCAGGGACUCCCAGGCUCACGGUGCUCACACUGUGGUUCCCAUUGAGGAGGCUGCCCAGGAGUACAAGAGGAAGCUGCAGACAGCAGUGGAGCUCCUGAAAAAGCAGACGGAGGAAGCUUGGGAGCUGAAAUACCAGGAGGGAAAGAAGACAGCUGAUUGGAAGGCGAAGACGCACUAUCAGAGAAUGUGCAUCGAGAUCGAAUUUGAGAAGCUGCACGAGUUCCUGAACGAGGAAGAGGAGCAGCUGCUGCGGAAACUGAGGAAGGAGGAGAAAGAGACCCUGAAGAAGCUGCAUGGGAAUAUAAUAAAGCUCUCAGAACAGUGCUCCUCUCUGCAGAAGCUGAUCACGGUGAUAGAGGAGAAGUGUCAGCAACCGGCUGCCGCAUUGCUGAAGGAUGCGAAAGACACAUUGACCAGGAGUGAAAAUAUUCAAGUGCAGGAACCUGAAGCUGUGUUUACUGAACUGAAGAACAUAUACAACAUUCCUAGCAUUGAUAUUAUUGACAUUCUAAGGAAAUUCAAAGUGGAUGUGACUCUCGACCCAGACACGGCUCACCCCAACCUCAUCCUGUCUGAGGACAGGAGAAGCGUGACACACGGAGGCACGCGACAGGAGCUGCCCGGCAAUCCUGAGCGAUUCGAUCCUUAUAUCAUGGUGCUGGGCUCCAGGAGGUUCACGUCAGGGAGGUGUUACUGGGAGGUGGAGGUGGGAGACAAGGUGGAGUGGGAUGUGGGGGUGUGCAGGGAAUCUGUGGGCAGGAAGGGGCAGGUUAUAUUGUCUCCUAGCAAUGGAUUCUGGAGAGUCUGGUUGAGGAAUGGAGAUAAGUACAAGGCCCUGAUCUCCCACCCAACCCCACUCACUGUCAGUGUGCGGCCCAGCCGGGUAGGGAUUUUCCUAGACUACAAGGCAGGCGAGAUCUCAUUUUACAAUGUGACAGACAGGACCCAUCUGUAUUCAUACAGCGGAGCCUUCUAUGGGGUUCUGCGGCCUUUCUUCAGCCCUGGCCUCAAUCGGGGAGGUGGGAACACUGCUCCGCUGACAAUCUAGAAGUCUCUGGGCUAGCUCCAGUAGGAAUCAAAGACACACACAUGGAAGGAGCACCAAGUAAAAAAACUCCCCCCUCCACCAAUACCUCCCCCCACUCUCACACUCUCCUCCUGCUGGGGCUCUGAUCUGGCUCCAUGGCGAAGGGGCCACUGCGGUGGUGAGGAAUGCAGGAGUAGAUUUGGUCCCAACCCAUGUGGCAGGAGAUGGUGAAGUGGGAUACAGACUAUGUUGAUUGCCCAAGGGAUUUCUGGGGCAGGAAAGUAGCCGUGAAAAAAUAUGUAGCAAAAUGAUCACUCAUUUGGCUAACUUUUAGAAAAAGUGACUAAUGGGGGGAAAAAAAGCCCAAGAAAAGUUGGUGACAAUUUUACUCUUUUUUUAAAUCACAAGUUUUAUUAAGUGUUUUUCACCAAAAUGUUGACAUUUGAAGUAGUUUUGACCAGCUCCAUACAUGGCUGAAAAACACAGGCUGUGGGGAAUUCAGAAAAAAUGUUGUCAAAUUCCCCCCCCCUUUUUUUUUAAAUCAAACAUUUGACUUUUUCAUUGCUCUUUCAAAAGCAGCUCUUGUGAUCAAUGAUUUCUGAGGUGUCUCGGUUUUGUUAACGCCCAACCAGAGAUGCCUUAAAGCAGCCACACUGUUUUCAGAGGGAGUUAGCUGAGCAGUCUCUUUCCUGGUGGCUGAAUUGGGGCACUCAAAAUCGAAGGUACUGAAAUUUUAGGCACUGGUCCUGCAAACACCUAAGCACUUGCUUAACUUUGUGCAAGUAGGUAAUGACAUUAGUGUGUCCUGCAGGUAACUUCAAUGGGACUGCUUACAUGUGCAGAGUUAAAAAUCAUGCCGUUGUAGGGACAGGGACUUUAGGCCACUAAAAUUGAAUGAUAAGAUAAUGACAGCGAAUGAUGCUAGGAACACUGGGGAAAUGUCACACUAUGAACCCUAAAAUGAUUGUUUUUCUUGAUUCUGCUGCUGAAGAGAAAAAAAAAUCCAAAAGCUGCCUUUAAUGGCAUAACAUUAGAUUUUGCAUAUGUGUAUGAAGCUACCUUUGCUAAGGAGCUGGCACAUUCCACAAGAUUUUGCAAGAGAUCUGCAGAUGUGUCUAACUUCAAAGCCUAAAACUACAGCUGAUCAAAAAUAAGAGCUAUUUAAACAGUUUUUAGAAUGGAUUCCCAUUAAAUUUGUGUGGCUAAAUCCCAACUGUGCUUUAAAAAUUUUCAAAUAUUGUUUUCUAGAGGUACAAGUUUGUUCAGCACUGAAACUGAAGUUUCAUCACUUAAAUAUCCCACCAUUUAAAACUUGCAGUAUUCAGGUUUCUGGAGUACAGGCAAGUCUCAUCUUACACAGGGAUUCCGUUCCGCAGUUAGCGCGUAAAGCGAAAACCUCAUAUAGUGAAACACUCAUUGAGUUGAAUGGCGGGCGGAAUUGCCUGCAUUACAGAUGCAGUUUUUAUAUUGUUAUUUUUCUUUUUUUCCCGUUUUUACCGACCGCACAAAGCUGAAUUUGUGCAUGUUAAAUACGCCUAAGAUGCGACUUGCCUGUAACAGCAUGCCAGUCUGAUCCUCUGAACCAACAGAUUUCAGACAGCAGCUGUGUUCGUCUGUAUCCGCAAGUACUCCUGUUCUUUUUUUGAAUCAACAGCAAGCCUGCUAUUGUCCAUCGGGUCUGGAACAGAGCUCAAAACUAAUCUACCAGAGACUUGAGCAAUAAUUUUUGUGUGUCUAUACUGUAAAAAUAUUUAAAACAAUGGGCUGGCAAUAGGCAAAAUAAACCACAGUUAAGAUUGUAGUUAAAUUGUGGUUCAGUGCUGAA